AUGGAAAGAUAUUUGAAACGAAAAGCUUCAUCAUCAACCGGUAAUAAUGAUGCAUCCAACAAUGUGAUUGAUGUUAACGAUCUUCCUUGGGAUCCAUCAGAGAGACCCAUAAUUAUAACUUAUAACCCAAAUCAAAGAGAUGAAAUUAGACGAAAAUACUUGGUAAGGGGUCCUUGUCAACCACGAGGUCACAUCUUUCCAACCAAAGUUAUAGGGGCUAAAGCAAGACGGAUUGUUGUUACUUGGUUUGAUCAAUUUCAGUGGUUGGAAUACAGUGUAAAAGUAGAUAGAGCAUAUUGUUUGCCUUGUUACUUGUUUAGAGACCAAGGUGGGAAUCAUGGGAUAGAUGCAUUUAUGGCGGAGGGAUUCAAUAGUUGGAGUAAAAAAGAUAGACUUACGCUUCAUGAGGGUGAGGUUAAUAGUUUUCACCAUAAAGCACUUAAAAAAUGUGAAGAUUUGGUUAACCAAAACCAAUCAAUUGUUGUUGCCCUUUGUAAACAAACAGAACUCAUGAAGACCGAGUACCACAUGCAAUUGAAUGCUUCCAUUGAAGUUUGUAGAUAUUUGUUGGAGAAUGCUUUACCAUUUCGUGGCAACGAUGAGUCGGAAAAGUCUAUGUACAAAGGGCUUUUCUUGGGGACUUUAAAGUUAAUUGGAAGAACAAAUGGUGAGAUUGAAAAGGUGUUGAAAGACGUUAUUGGGGAAAUAGGUGAUGAUGUAUUUGCUUUGUUGGUGGAUGAGUCUAGUGAUGUCUCUAGAAAAGAACAAAUGGUCGUGGUUUUGAGGUUUGUUGACAAAAUUGGAGUUGUUCAAGAAAGAUUUGUCGGCAUUGUUCAUGUCAUGGAUACAUCUGCUGUAAGUCUUAAAUCUGCCCUGGAUGCUUUAUUUGCAAAAUAUGGAUUGAGUUUCACAAAGGUAAGAGGACAAGGUUAUGAYGAUGCUAGCAACAUGAGUGUGCCUGGUAAAAUGUCUGGCGAUUCAGGAAAUCCGUUUGCCGGUCCUAGUUCCAACCCGAAUCCAAAUGUUUAUCAGAAGGGUGCUUUUAAAUUAUCGGGGUCCGGGAUUAGAAUAGAAAAAUUGAAUGGGGAAGGUGAUUUUGGUAAAUGGCAGUUCACUACGGCAGCAGCACUUAGGAAAAAUGAUGUCCACCCCGUAGUCUUUGCUCCGAAAGAAAAAGAUCCUGAGAUGUCAUCUUUAGAGGCUAAGGAAAUGGAGGAUUGGGCCUUCACUACCUUACAAAUGGCUAUGGGUCCAAAUGUUAUUUCUGAAAUUGUUUCUGAAAAGACAGCCGCAGGGAUUUGGAAAAGACUUGAGAAUCUUUAUCUCAAGUAA